ACAGCUUAUCUACCAUCCCUUCUAACAAACUGCGUCUCUCUCUCUCUCUCUCUCUCUCAAAUCCAACCAUCCAAUCCUCCUCACCAAAGAGAGAUUCAAAGGCAAAAGCAAAAGCGACAAAGCCCACCAUCCUUUUUAAUUCCUUCAAACUCACUCUCCCAUCAUUCCAAGAUGCUAACCUCCAUUCACUUCAAAGCCAAGCUUCUCAAGCCAUGUAACAAACUCCUCCAACUCCUCAAAUUAAGAUUCAAAAGUCCCAUCUUCAAACCCUUGUUCCACUUUCGAAAGGUCCAAAGCAGGAAGAGAAUUCCGCGGCUCUUCUCAAUUUUCUGGUCGUCGAUGUGGCGUUCCAAGGAAACAGAAAAUGUGGGUGAGCUACGGAGAGUGGCCGACAUAGGGCAGGGCCCGGCACUCUUCCCAUCACCUAUCACACCAGUGUACGUGAAAGUGGGCCAUUGUGUAGAUCAGGGGGAAGAUGUAAUGGGCCGCAGCAACGUGGAAGACUCGUGCCGUAGCUUUGAGAACUAUUUGGUGGAGAUGAUUGUGGAGGAAGGAAAUGCUAAAGACUUGAUAGAUGUUGAGGAGCUUCUUUAUUGUUGGAAGAACUUGAAGUGUCCUGUCUUCCACGAUUUGGUGUGCAGAUUCUAUGGAGAGCUUUGUAGAGAUUUGUUUUCAGGAGAGGAUCAGGAGGAAGAUGAGGAGGAGAUGCAUGGUUCUAAAUGAUUGUAUGAAAAAUCAAUUCCAUUUGGAAAGAAUUUGUGUAUAUACUAUACAUUGGAACAUGGUGUGUGUAAACCGUCUCUUCGUUUGAUCAGAGCACAUGCCCAUUGAUCCGAAAAUCCAGUCAAUGUCCUGCCUUCUAUUUGCACCAACCAGGCUCCAUUAACCUUCUCACAAGGGGCCUGGUUUUUAUGGUCAGUAGAAGUUAUUAGCAGCCGUUGCAUAUUUAGGGUUGUUGGAUCAUUAGAAGUUCUCUAUGACGACGAUCUGGAUCAGUUGUAAUGUGCACGGAUUGGAUUGGACGAUUGACAUGGUUUAUAGACAAGAGUUUAGGUGUAUAAUCUAUACACAAGAUGGAUGGAAUUAUUGAACUAUAGUACGAUUUGGAUUCUUUUUACGUUGAAUUCUUUUAGUCAUUUGUAUAAGGAAAUUAUACAGCCAUAGUUGGUGUAUAAUUUACUCUGUAAUUCAAU